CCAACUCCUCUCUGCAGUCUGCCUCCAGCCUCAGCUCCAUCGCUGCUAAGAUGAAGACUCUGAUCGCUCUCACUGCUCUGGUGCUGAUCGUUGCUGUUAAUGCUCAGUAUUCCCCCACCACCACUGAAUGCUGUGAAAAACACUACCUCUACCCAAUACGGAGGGUGGUGUCCUACAUCACAACCAGCAGUAGAUGUCACCUGAAAGCUCAUGUAUUUACAACUGUGGCGGGAAAGGUGUGGUGUGUGAACCCUGACCUUGACUGGGUACAGAAAAUUGUCACCAAGUUGGAUGAGAAUACUGCUGCUACGCCAACCAAGCUGUGGUUUUGAAGGAUGGGUGGAGCGCACACCAGGAUUAACCUGACUCUCACCAGAUGAAUUAUUUCCACCUUGCUCCACAA